AUGCCCAGUCCUAACAGCAGCUUCCCAAUGGAUCCUUCGUUGGGUCUUUCCCCUGUUCUCAGAACCUUAGUUGUAAUCAUGUGGCAGGUAGCAAUGGCAGCUAGACUUUGGACCGUUUCUCAAUUUGCAAGAUCUGGGAUGAAGGCACCUAUUGAGAUGGUUGUCCUUGAUGAAGAGGGAGAUACAAUUCAAUGCACUGUAAAAGACAUAUUUGUUCCUAUCUUCGAGGGCUUACUCGUUGAGGGCAACGUGUACGUGGUCACUAAUUUUGGAGUUGCUUUGAAUACCAUCAAGUUCAAGCCUACUAGACACGAAUUUAGGAUCCAUUUCAAGAGGGACACGAUUGUGCGUCCGGUACAGGAUUCUUCAGUUCCAUUGAACGGAUUCAAUUUUGUUCCGUUCAAAACAAUUCAAUCAGAGUCUAAAGAAGAUGGUUAUUUAGUUGGGGUCAUGGGUGUAUCCAACACAAACUACAAUUCGAAACUGUUUAUCAAUGUUGAGUUUCCAGCUGCCAGGGAUUUCUUUACGAGGGUGAACAAAUUGGAUCCUGUUGACGGACAAGGCAUAAUGCCGCUGGUCUGUGAUCAACCUGUUUCAGAUGAGGAUCAGUACAUCAUCCACAUAAGGGUGAUAGACCACACCGAUGCUGCCUCUUUUGUUUUGUUCGAUAGAGAAGCUGCAAAGUUUCUUGGAGUUUCUGCUAAUGACCUAGGCAGUCUUGGUGUUGAGAAAAAUUCCUGUCCCGAAGAGAUUAAUAAGCUUAGGGAUAUUAAGUUCAUCUUCAAAGUGCAACUCAAGAUGAGGAAUCUGAACUCUUAUGAACCAUAUGUGAUUCAUGUGCUGAGAAUGACUAAUGAGAAUUUUCUGAUCUUUGCCUUCCUGGAUAAAUACAAUCCUGACACUGGCCUUUUGUCCCAUGAAAAUUCUGAACUAUUGAAUUUGUCUACUGGUCCAUACGACACUUCUAAGGCUUGUGAGAGUGAGCCAACUCUAUCACCUGCAGUUGAUGAAAAACAUAAUUCUAAGAUUCUCGGAGCUAAGAAACAUAUUGAAGAGAUUGGAGAGGAGUCAAUUUCAUCCAAAUCUAAGAAAGGGAAGUGGGUUGUGGUGGAGGACUAA